UUGGGCGUCGGGGCUGUGAGAGGGAAAAUACGAGAGAUGCGGAGAGCGCGAGGAGCCGAGCUAGGAGGAGCAGGUCUCUCACAUUAAACAUGCGUCACGGCGCAGGUAAUUGCCACGGACGGAGCAGGCUAAUUGAGUUCACGUGUACGCGAUGAGUAGACCGCAAGAAACUCUAAUUACAGCCGUCGGCGCGUCGUUUUACAAGAAUGUGUCGUUGCUUACGCAAGUCGUGACGCCGUCCGUCGAGUUUCAGCGGCACUUUAAAAAGGGUAUGUUCGACAAACCUAACACGGCGGGUUUUCUACACGUGACGCAUUACCUGUCGACGGUGUGUGACGCAAAACUGUUUAAACAAGUGGUCAGGUGGCCGAUCUUGUCCAAGAGGGACGAAGUGACGUACCGCGUCGAGAUGAAAAGCUUCCUGCGCCUCCUGUCGCAAGACAAUCCCGAUCUCAAUUUCCCCCCGAUACUGCUGUCCCACUUGAUACUGGCGGGAGGGACCAAGUUUCAGAUUAUCAUGUGGAAGCUGUCGCAAUUCGCGCUCGGAGCUUACGUCAAAGAGGAACUUCAAGGAGAAUUGUUGAACGCGCCAAGUACAAGUCCAGUGCAGGGUUUAACGAUAAUGUACCUCGAUAAGGUAAUCGCGCAAAAGUGCAGCGUUGCGAUGCGGACUCGUAAGGAGACAGAGAAGAUACUAGAUGCUGCAAAUAAUUUUCUCAACGAUGAGAUAAAGCUAUCGAGUGCGUAUAAAUCGGAGAUUUUCGACAGAAAGGAGAAUAUAAGAAGACUGGUCUCUGAUUUGCCGGCUAAUCCGUUAAUUAAAAAACGACUGACGAAUGUCGAGGAUUCUAGUAUCAUAGGCUUAUGGAAGAAGAACAUUUUCAAGAAAGUCCAGUAUAUACAUAGAAGGAACAAAGAAUUGAACGAAUUAGAGGAAUCCUGCGAUCGUUUGUGCAAACUUGUCCUGAGGCUCUUAAACUUUAGGACGUUUGACGCGGACGAAUUUCCUGAAAUUUGCCGCGAUCGUUAUUUGUUAUAUACGCGAUCUCAGCACACGACCCGCAAUUUACAUACGAACGGCGCCAUCGUCUUCUCCGCUUUGCUGUCGCUGCUGCACUUGACAUUCGUGCAAAUGUAUCACGAGAGCAUCGCCGAUCUCUCCGAUCUGUCGCCGUGUCUGCCGCUCGUUCAGAAUUCCUGCAUAAAGAUGAAAUCUCUGCGAAUUCUGUUCGACACGUUGAACGUGAGAAUCCGCGGUAUAUACAGGAAUAAGCAACGUGCGGUGUCCCCGGGAAUAAAAAUCGCUCGCGUCGAUUUCGACGCGGUCAAUGCGUCAAUCGCAAACUACAUUCUAUUGCAGUCUCCGAGGAUCAGUUUCAAUCUCGAACAGAGCACGAGCGACCAUCUGUUUUAUGAGAGAUUGUGUUCGUCGCCGGUGGAAGGCAAGCACAAACAUUUAUUUAGGAGGCACAAACGCGAGUGUCGCCCGUUGCGCGAGCUACCCGCAGCUUUGUUGGACUUCAGCAGCUCUUGGAGCAGCAUGAGCGGCUGGCUGUCUCCUCGCGCACACUCUACCAAGUGUGAGCAAAUCUUGUUCAAAGGAAAGCUGUUUUCGCCCUGUUACUCUCGACUGCUGCGCCAUUCGAAAUUGCAUUCGAAGGGUUCCAAAGAGCACAUGUCGCGCAGCCCGAGCACAGACUACGAAGGAUUGAAUCUAACACCGAGGAAACGUCCCUUGCAAACCGAGCGUCUGACGGCGAACCGUGGCUGUGACAAAAUGAGAAGUCUGUUUUAAUCCCGUCGCCGUGAAUCCGUUUUCAUUACGCGUAUCCUCGAGCACGAAGAACGAGUGAAAUGCGUAAUUGCCUCGGCAAAAAUUCACAAUAUUAAUACUUCAUCAAGUAACACCGACGUUGGAAGAAGAGAAAUGGAUGAAUUUUUUGUUAAGUUUCGACAGUGAUAAUUGCUCAAACUUAAUAAUAGCGUAGAUUUAUAUUUAGAUUUGAGGCGUGUGAUACAUCGUACUGUUUCAUAUUUUAUUUAUUUCAUUUUCCAUUCUCAUUGUUUGCCCGGUGUUCAAUAUUAUAUUCAGUAACGCAAAGGGCAGCGUUGAGAAUAGGUCGAUAUUAUUUAAAGACAGAUCUGUCGUAAAUACGUCCAAUAAUUUUUCAUUACGCAAGAAUUAUGUCGUGAAUUUCCCUGCAUUUUCCGGGUUAAAAGAUUUAUUUUAAAUGAAGUGAAAGAGAUAACUUGAGUCUAUCGCGAGUCCAUAAAUCUGUUUCCAAAGGAUAUAGAAAAUGAUCUAUUUUUAACACUUCUUUACGCAUACAAUAAACCCUUUGUAAAUGUUCUCUAAACUUGCGCAUUUUUCUUCGAACACAGUACGUCUAAAUAUUUGUUAGCUUAACAUUGUUAUAUUUUUUUAUCUUUCAAUAUAGUUUUAAUGUACACUCA